AUGUCUGCUGCUGAUCUUGCCAAGGUUGAAGCCGCUCAACAGGCCGUCUUGAAGAAGACUCAUGGUGGCAAGGCAGGAGCCCAGUUUGUUCAGGAGGUCAAGGAGUCUCUUCUCUUUCAGUACAACUGGAAUGAGCUUCUUUCCGCAGCUCCGACUGCCAUUACUUUGGUUGGUGCUUGCCAUGUUGCUGCGGCUUCACCCGAAGCCGCAGCUAUCAGCUUGGCUGACGCUGUCCCAUCUGGAGGAUUCAAGUAUUUGCGUGUUGCCGUAAACCCUACUCUCAGGGCCUGUCUGGUAUGUGUUGCCUCAGAAGGCGACAAGGCGUUUCGCAUUGCGGGAAGUAACAUGUCAGCUAUCGCUGGCACGUCUUCUGAGCUCAUACAGACCGUCGCUCGCACCGUCCAGGCCAUCCAGGGUCUUCCGGAUACUCAGCGGAACUUGACGAACGAACUUACGAAGCUGCGAAGGAUGUCUAACAAUUGCCUGAACUACGCUCAGGAAACCGAGAAGGCCUUUGACACCUGGCUUUUAGCUGUUUCUGAGUUCCAUCAGGCUUCUGUUCAGAAGCAUGGUACCACUGAGAAGGAGUCGCAAGACAACCUGUCGGCGAAGCUCCAGGCUGAGAUUGAGGCAAGCUACACAAACAAAGAGCUUGAUAAGGCCGAUAAGGCUGCUGAAGAGAUGAAGAAGUCGCUCGCCAAGCAGGAGAAGGCCUUUCAGGCGGCAAACGAUGCUGUCCCAUCUGCUUGGGAGACCUGUGCCAUGGGUGCUUUAACUGCUAUCACCUCGGCAGGGCCGUCACUUAUUGCCCAAGCACUGCCUGCCAUCGUCAAUGCUGCCAACCCCAUGUCUGCUGUCAAUGGUCUCGUGGGCGGGCUGGCUCAAGUUGGUCGCCAGGGUGCUCUCAACGCUCCCGGCGCACCGCCUGUGGCCCAGGCUCUUCUCGGAGGUGAUCAAGGCUCUCAGAGUGGUGGAGCAACUCUGCAGUUCAACGACGCAACUCCCGAUACUGACCCUGCAUACGUCGCUGCUCCUCUCCUUACUCCUUUCAUGACUACGCUCUUGACCUACCUUACUGCUGGGGAGGGCAAAACCCCCGACUGGUCAAAGUUCAAGGACCAGACAUCGAAGCAAGGAUCAGGUACCGAGGGCCUUACUUGGCUCCUUAGCAAUCUCCAGAUGCAGCAGAAGUCUGCAAAGCUAGGCAAUACUGAGCCUAGCACGGAGCUUUCCACUGCCUUCGACGCUAGUAUUGCUAUCGUGGAGGAGAUCAAGAAGGAAGUCGCCAACCAGCAGAAGCUGAGCUCGGCAAAGACAGAUCCAGCUGCUAUCAAGAGGUGGCAAGACACAAUUACCAAGGCGAAGCUCACUGUCACUAAACUUGAGGCUACAGCCAAGUCGUUCCCCGGCUCUUCCUCCAACGCACCCAAGUUGAACAACAUAUCCAUCGAUAAGAAGGACAACAGUGCCGUCACUGCCGCCCUUAGCACUGCUACUGAGAAGCUUGCCCUCAAUCAAAAGGCCCUUGAGACCGCACAGGCCAACUACACCAAGGCUGUCGAAGCUGCUGCGGAGGUUCAGAAGAGAUUGACUGGCAUUCAGACUAAGCUCAAGGGUAUCGAGAUUGCUGGCGCAGCCCUUGAGCGUGUCAAGGAGAUCUUGAUUGAAUGUAUUGCGAUCCUUGUUGAGCUCAAGGUUCAGAUCAGCAAGCUUACUACCUUCUUCAAUGCUCUCUCUACCAUGGUCAAGGUCAUUAUUGACACCAAGGUAAAGAACUUCGACACUGAUGCUACUGCUAUCGGUCAGGAGGCUUCUCAGAGGGGUAUGCUGAAGCUCAAUGAUCUUGAUAUUGAGACCAUCUACAUCUCAACCCUGCAGAUCAAAGCCUAUUUUGAUCUCCUCCAGAUGAUAUGCCAGAUGUAUACAACUGUGCACGCCCAAUACGUCAGCCCGGGACUCGAUCUUCUCACGGAGCUAAGCAAAGUCACCAAGACUGCAGAAGAGAUCGCUCCCAAGCGUGAUCAGCUCAACAACUUCACGGAUGCUGCACAUAAGGCUAUAAAUGAACUUGUUGCCCAGAAGCAGCAGGAAAUCUCAGACGGGCUCCAGAGCCGCAUCGACGCCAUUGCAGAGCAGACAGAUAUCCUGCACAAGGUCGGCGUUCCCAUGCCUGCGGCUGGCAUCAUUCAGGCCAUGAGGACUGGCGGUGAGGUAAUCCAGGACGCAGUGAAGGACAACCUGCCCACUGGUAUGCGUGUAGAGCAGAAUGCAGACGCAGCAUUCGACUUUUGA